AUGUCUAUGUCGUAUGCAAGUCGCAAGCCACAGUCUCGUGCAGAGACCGAGGCUAACGCAAGAACUCUGCGUUCACUCGUGAAGCAACCAGAAAAUAAGCAAUGUGCGGACUGCAAGAGGAAUGAUACGCGAUGGGCGUCGUGGAAUAUCGGGUGUUUCCUGUGCAUUCGUUGUUCCGGUAUUCAUCGCAGCAUGGGCACGCACAUAAGCCGUGUUAAAUCUAUUGACCUUGAUAUCUGGACACCUGAGCAGAUGCAUUCCAUCCAGAAGUGGGGGAAUAAACGUGCAAAUGCAUAUUGGGAGGCACGUCUGAAGGAGGGGCACGCCCCCCCCGACCACAAGGUGGAGAGUUUCAUUCGCAGCAAGUAUGAACUUCGUCGAUGGGCGAUGGAUGGGUCUCCGCCUGAAGACCCCUCAGUGCUCGAUGCAGAUAAGCCUAGUGUUACGCCUAUGACAACUGCUAACGAAACUACCUCUAUACCAGCAACGGUGUCCGGUCUCUCGACGGGGGCGCGGGCACAGGCCGAACUUACGUCUGCCACAAGAGCAAACAUGUCGGGGGCUCCCGAGAUUCAGCGCUCAGCGCCAACCGGAUCCUUGAUGGAUUUGCUGAAUGAUGAUACAAGUAAUUCAACCGCAAACAUAGGUGCAGCGCCUGCCUUGACACCUAAGCCAGCAAUAUCGGGAUCAGGAUCGGCAUCAACCAAAAACACUGGUCGAGGUGGUGGUCUUUUUGAUCUUGACUGGGAUGAUACUGCAUCCAAAGAUCCAGUACCCUCGGUAUCUCGUCCAACCAGUGCGCCAAAGAAGAAUCCCGCGAAGGACCAAAUUCUAAGUUUGUUCUCAGCUCCCCCACCAUCUUCAGUCAAACCGGCAUCACUUGAUAAUCCGUUUGCAUCGAUGUCUUCGGGCAACCAUCGUGAUCUUACCACAGACAUGGCCUCGAUAAAUCUUGGCUCAUCGCCUAUACAGUCAACCAACUCCCCUAUACAGGCGCGUGCACCGCCGACGAGCGACAUAUUCAAUACUCAGGACAUUUGGAGCUCACCUACACACCCUGAACAGUCUAGUGCUUCAUCGAGCAAGAACGAGGAUGUCUUCGCCAAUAUUUGGGGCGACUUUAAAUAG